AUGUCGUAUGUAUCGUUUGCUGCGAGCUACUCGCCUGGUGAAGGCAAAACAGUUCGAAAUUUGAAUGACAAAGUAGAAGGGUACCGCAAGGAGAUUGCUCCAAGUCGCGAAAACGUCGACUUCGAACACUUGCGACGAACACCGCGAGAUCCUCAACCCGAGAACGAUUAUCAGACGACAAGUGGUUCAGCGGGUGGAGACGUCAAACCCUACCAGUACCGCGACUACCAUCAACAUCAAAAACACGACUAUUACGGCGAAGGUGUUCACGACAGUCUAGGAGAGUCCGUAGACAACAAAGACGAAACAAUGAGAAAGUACGAAAUGCAAGUACGAGUGCCGACGAGCGGUGCCCCACCAGUUCGUGCAGAUGCCAGUGGGACCGAUCAGGAUGAAUUCAACAACGAGACACUGUACUUUGAACGAUCACGUAUUAGAACUCUGCAGGACGAACGUGUGCAUAUCCAGAAGAAGACGUUCACAAAAUGGUGCAACUCCUUUCUUAAUCGGGCAAGUUUGGAGAUUGUGGACCUUUUCGAAGACGUCGGAGAUGGAAUCCUUCUCAUGAAACUUCUGGAAAUCAUUUCUGGAGACAAACUCGGGAAACCGAAUCGUGGUCGUAUGCGUGUGCAAAAAGUAGAAAACCUUAACAAAGUACUUGACUUUUUGAAAAAGAAGAAAAUCCAAUUGGAGAACAUUGGAGCCGAAGAUAUUCUCGACAGAAAUGAACGACUAAUUUUGGGUCUUAUCUGGACUAUUAUCCUCAGAUUCCAAAUUGACACUAUUGUUAUUGAGGAUGAAGAAGAACGAGGAGAAAGAAAGCAUGCCAAGGAUGCGUUGCUUCUUUGGUGUCAGCGUAAAACAGCGGGAUAUCCAAAUGUUCGAAUCGAGAACUUCACAACAAGUUGGCGCAAUGGACUCGCAUUCAACGCGCUUAUUCACUCACACAGACCUGAUUUGGUCGAUUUUAAUAGACUGAAUCCAAAUGAGCACGUCGACAAUCUCAAUCACGCUUUCGAUGUUGCUGAGAAGAAAUUGGAAAUUGCUCGUCUUCUUGAUGCAGAAGACGUUGACGUCACUCGUCCAGAUGAGAAGUCUAUCAUCACCUAUGUUUCUCUGUAUUACCAUCAUUUUGCCAAGCAAAAGACAGAGAUGACUGGAGCCAGACGUAUUGCCAAUAUUGUUGGAAAACUGAUGGUAUCCGAAACAAUGGAGGACGAUUACGAACACAUCGCAUCCGAGCUUCUGAACUGGAUCCGCAUCACUAUUAAAACUUUGGAAUCUCGUCGUUUCCCCAACUCGCUGAAUGGAAUGCGCGAUGAGCAUGCGAAGUUCAACCAGUUCCGCACAAGUGAAAAACCACCGAAAUACAAGGAGAAAGGAGAGUUGGAAGCAUUGUUCUUCACAAUUCAAACGAAGAGAAAGGCAAUGAGCCGAAAACAGUAUCAACCGCCACAAGGAUUGUUCAUGCACGAUAUCGAAUCUGCUUGGGCACAGUUGGAUUAUGCUGAAAAUGAGAGACAAGUUUCUAUCAUUGCCGAGCUUCAAAGACAGGAGAAGUUGGAACAACUCGCUCAGCGAUUCCACAAGAAGGCUAAGUUGCGUGACAGUUGGUUAAAAUCAGUUCAAGUAGUACUGGAAGAGAUGGAACAUGGACGCAGUGCGUCUCAAGUCGAGAAAACUUUGAAGAAACAACAAGCCAUCUCUACUGAUAUUCUGGCUCGUGAAGACCGUUUCAAGAUGCUGACCGCAAUGUGCAAUGAGUUAUGCACUGAGAAAUAUCACGAAUCUGAAAAGAUUCGUGGAAUGGAAAGAGAGAUAAUCGACCGUUGGACUCAGCUGCUGGCGUUGCUGGAGCAACGUAAGCGUGCUCUGAUGAGUCUCAAUGAUUUGAUGUCACUGCUUCGCGACAUUGAUACCCUUUCCAACGAACUGUACUCUCUUGAACCAGCUGUCAGAAAUCGUGAUGUUGGAAAACAUCUUAUCGGCGUUGAAGAUCUUCUUGGAAAACACGAUCUAGUUGAUGCUCAAAUCAAUGCACAUGGAUCUCUUCUCUCCAAACUUUCACAAGCUGCCAAUAACUACAUUCGUCACAAAGAAGAACAAUUUGAUGUUCUCCAGAGAAAACUGGAUGAGGUCACUUCUCAAUACAACACUCUUGUGGAGCUAUGCCGUUCACGCCGUCUCGCUUUGGAAAGAGCUCGCUCCUUGUUCCAAUUCAUUCAAGAUCACGAGGAAGAAAUGGCGUGGCUUGCAGAGAAGGAGAAACUGUGUACCACUGCUUUAAACAGCGGUGAUAUUUCUGCUGUUCCUCAAACAACGUUGCUCUACAAAAAUGUUGAAAUGGAAAUGCAGACUCAUUGGGCGAGAAGUAAAGGAAUGAUUGCUGGUGGAGAACGACUCGUUCAAAGCGGUCAAUCGAAAGAGGACAUUCAAAGACGACUGACUCAAAUGAACCAGGGAUGGGAACGUCUCCGUGUCGCUGUUGAUGCUCUUGGAAACUGGCUUUCGGAGGCACGUCACGCUCAACAAUACUUCCAAGAUGUCAACGAAGCGGAAUCCUGGAUACGUGAGAAGAUGCCACUUGUGAAGUCAGAUGAUUUGGGACGUGACGAAGGAGCUGCCGAGUCACUUUUGCAAAGACACGCUCGUCUGGAGGAAGAGAUUCGUGCUUACAAAAACGACAUCACUCGCCUCGAAGAAAUGCAAAGCCAGCUCGCUAAUAGCGCGUUCCACACUGCCACGACGAGCCAAUCAGUUCAGGAAACUGAAGAAGUCACUGUACCCCAAAUUGAAAUGGCAUACAAGUACGAAGGAAACGGAAUGCGUGUAGCUAAAGGAGAGGUUCUUGCUCUUCUUGAGAAGUCCACUCCUGAAUGGUGGAGAGCCUUGAAACGAGAUGGAACCGAAGGCUAUGUACCAGCCAACUACUGCAAGGUCGUACCUGGAGAAUCUGUAACAGUCACCCAAACCACGCAGAAAACUACUACUACUGUCGAAGGAAACGAAACGAAGAGCUCCGUUGUUGCCGAAAGACAACACAAAAUUUCAAAUGAUUAUCGUGAGCUCAGAAGACUUGCUGAUGUGAGAAGACGUCUUCUGUCGGAUAACAUCAAACUUCUUCGUUUCUACCGCGAGUUGUCGUUGGCUGAUGAACCAUCACCGGAACAUGUCACUGCUUUCCGUCGCAAGUUCGAUAAGCUGGAAGCUGAUAUGAAAACCAACGGAGGAACUCAAUUGAAGCAUAUCAACGACAUCGCAAACGACCUGAUUUCCGAAGGCCAUGGUCAAUCAAGGCAAAUCGAAAAUCGUCAGCAUAAAAUCAACGCGAUGUGGGAGAACUUGGAGCGCCUCAGAAAACAACGGGCCGUCCGCUUGGAAGCUACCGAACGUGUUGCUGACUUCGAUACAACUUGUGAAAGUGCACGUGAAUGGAUGCUUGGAAAGUUCGAACAACUCGAUCGUAAUCCAAACGAUGUGAAAAGCCUUCAAAACUUGGAACGUGACCUAAAACCACUUGAGGAUAAGAUUGCUGCCUUGGAGAAAUUGGCUGCUGCUGUGAAGAAAGAUCAUCCAGAAGAAGCUGCUGCUAUUGAGAGAAAGAUCGCUGAGCUGAGAACUCUCCAUGCUGAUCUUUUGAGACGUGCACAAGAGAAGAUGUUACUUGCUGAGCAAUCCCAAGGAAAGGAGAUGUUCGAAUCAGCUCUUCGGGACAUGAUGAGCUGGAUCGAGAAAACCAGGAAGGGAAUGAUGGAGGAUGUACAUCCAGUUGAUGUUGCCGAAGCUGAGGAACUUCUCAAGAAGCAUUAUGAACUCGGAGAGCAAAUCAAGGAUAAGAAAUACGAGGUUGAGUACUGCCAAGAGCUCGGACGUCGUCUUCUGGAGCGUAGCCCACGUAUGCCAAAAGUCGAAGAACAAUUGCAAGCAUUGGUUUCUGAGAUGGCUGCUCUUCGUGAUCUCUACAGAAGACGUGAUACUAUUCUGAAGCAACAACUUGAUCUUCAACUUUUCAAUCGCGAAUCUGAACGUAUCGAUGCUGCUACUAAAGGACACGAAGCAUUCCUUGAGUUCGAUAACCUCGGAGACUCUGUCGAAUCUGUUGAAAACUUGCUCAAAAGACAUCGUGAUUUGGAAGCAAAACUCGAUGCUCAAGAAGCUAGACUCGAGGCAUUCUCUCGUACCGCAGACGAUAUGAUCAAGGCUCAACACGCUGAUUCUGCCUACAUAGAACAAAGAAGACGAGAUGUUCUUGCUAGAAGAGAAGCUGUCCGACGUGCCGCCGCUCAACGAAAGAAGCAAUUAGAAGCUUCUCUGGAAUAUCAGGAGAUGCGUCGUGAAGCUGAUGAGGUUAUGGGAUGGAUGCACGAGAAAGCUAAAUUGGUGGCCAGUGGAGAUGAUGCUGCACUCGCUCCAUCUGCUAUUCCUCAUCGCCUCUUGAAACAUGAGGCUUUCGAAGCUGAAAUCAUCGCUAAUGAAUCUAGAAUUCAGCAGAUCAACAGAGAAGGAGACAAUUUGGUUGGCAAAAAUCACUACGAAUCACCAAACGUUGAGAAAGUUGUUCGCCAAGUCAAUGCUCAGUGGGGAGACUUGAAAAAGCAAGUUUACAACAAAGGACAACGACUUCGUCAGGCUGCGGAUCAGAAAGGACUUGAUCGAAUUCUUGAAGAUGCUCACGCUAAACUCGACGAAAUGGAGUCUGCAUUGAACUCGAAAGACCAGGGGCUCGAUCUCAGAUCCGUCAAGGAUUUGUUGCAAAAACACACAGUUCUCGAACAAGAAAUGGGACUUUAUGGUAACAAGCUCGCUGAUAUCGAAAACCGCGGAAAAAAGAUGGCCGUUGAAGGACAUUAUGACGCUGACAAGAUUCAUAUGACCGUCGGAGAUCUUCUCAAACGUUACGCUGCUAUGAAAGGACCAGCCCAACGCAGAAAGGGCGAUCUCGACGAGUCUCGUCUCUGGCAUCAACUUGUUUUCGAUGUUGAUUGUGAAUUGCAAUGGAUUGCUGAGAAGAAACCAAUCGCUUCAUCUCAAGACUGUGGUCGCACUUUGACUGAAGCUCUGAACAUGGUCAAGAAGCAAGAACAACUUGAAGCCGAAGUCAAUCAACAUGGAGGACAAAUCGACAAAGUUCUUGGACAAGCGUCAAAGCUCGUCAAACGACAUCACCCAGCAUCUUCUCAAAUCAAAGCAAAGAGCGGUGAACUUGAAUCAGCAUGGAGUGAACUCAGACGUCUUCUCCGAUCCAGACGCGCUAUCGUGGACUGGGGAGUCAAAGAACAACAAUACUUGUUCGAUGCUGCUGAAGUUGAGUCAUGGAUGAACGAAAAGAGGAAUGCUCUCGCAUCUGAAGACUAUGGAAACGAUGAGGAUGCUGCACGAAAGUUGUUGGCAAAGCAUAGAGCACUCUGUGAGGAUAUGACUACCUACCGACAAUGGCUUGAAAAACUCGAUGUCAAGUGUUCCGAGCUUGUUCAAUCCGAUCGUCCACAUGUGGAUCGCUUCCAGAAGAGACAAGAUGAACUGGUGCACGAGUUCGAUUCUUUGAGCAAACUAGCUGAGGAUAGAAGAAACGCUCUGGAAGAUGCAGUAUGUCUUUAUGAAUACAUGAGAGAAUCUGCUGAUUUGGAACAAUGGAUUGGAGAGCAAUUGCAAACUGCUUUAUGUGAAGACUUUGCCGAAGAUUAUGAGCACUUGAAGGAGUUGCAAUCGAAGUUCGAUGAAUUCAAGCAGAGCGUAAAGACUGGAAGUGAAAGAUUCACAUCAUGUGAAACAGCUGCCAACACGAUUCUCCGACGCAAUCCACCAUUCGCAAGAGAUGUUGUGAAGAAGCAGGAGAAGCUCAGAUCGGCUUGGAAUCUUCUUUGUGAGUACAUUGAAACUCGAACCGCCAAACUUGCUGUUGCUGAAGAGCUUCAUCGCUUCCACCGUGAUGUUGAUGAGUUCGAACAAUGGAUGGCUGAUAAGAUGGCGAACAUGCCACGAGAUCUCGGAAGAGAUGUUAAACAUGUUCAUUCUCUGUGGCAGCAACACGAAGCUCUCGAUAAGGAAACUCAUAAUGCUCAACCAAGACUCACCAAACUCGUCGAGGAGGCCGAAAGAUUGAAGAAGGCUUACCCAGGAGGAAAUGCUGAACAGAUUGGUGGAAGACAACAAACUUUGGUGGAAGAAUGGGAAGAGUUGAGAAAUGCUACAGACGACAGAAAAGACAUGCUUCGAGCCGCUUUCGAUCUUCAUACCUUCAACGGAAAAGUCAGAGAUUUGCUUGCUUGGACCGAUUUGACUAUAAGUGAUAUCCAAUCUGAUCUCCAAAUCAAUGAUCUUCAACAAGCUGAAUGGCUUCAAACCGAACAUUCAAGAUUGAGCCAUGAGAUGGACGCCAGAGAGCCAGAAUUCACCAGACUUGUGAGUGAUGGCGAGAAAAUGGUCAAUGCACAGCACUAUGCUACGGAGGAGAUCAAGAACAAGACCAGACUGCUGAAAACUGCUUUGGAACGACUGAGAAGUGAAUGGACGUUGAGAAACGGAUAUCUCUCACAAGCAGUUCAAUGGCAUGCCUUCCAAAGAGAAGCCAAACAGAUUAUUGCUUCGAUUGGAUCCAAGAGAACAACUCUUCGCAGCUUAGCUGUUGGUGGAUCUGUCGCUGAUGUUGAAAGCCAGAAGAAGAGACUUGACACUUUCGAAAAGGCACUUUCCACUCUUGAUGAACGAACAGCAACCUUGGAUCAUACUGCUAAUGAACUUGUGAAGUCUCGUCACAUGGAAUCUAAGAACAUCGCAAUGUGGCAAUCUAAAGUUCAUGAGGAGCUUAAACUUCUUCGCGAAGACAUUGAGGCUAGACAUGUUAUGCUGAAAGAUGCAUUCGCUCUGGCAUCCUUCGGAAGUGACGUUGCCCAAAUUGAAGCAUGGAUCGACGAGAAAACCAACGGAAUUCGCAAGGCUCGUGAUCAAUCCAGUGAAAGCAUUUCGAUUGAAGAGAAGAUGAAGAGACUCCAGACCCACCAGGCUCUGGAAGCCGAAGUUGCAGCUAACAAAACGAUUGUCGACCAGAUUCUCCACCGUGGUCAACAACUGAAAAGUCUUCAUCGCAAUUCAAAGAUUGGUGACACUUGCAACGAACUCAAUGUGAAAUGGAGCCAGCUCGCUGGAGCAUGUGACGAUCAGUCCAGAGCUCUUGAAGAGGCUAGAGAUUUACUUCGAUUCAAGCAACUUGUGGAGAACGUCCUUACAUGGAUCAAUGAGAAAGAAGUCCUAGUUUCGACUGCCGACAUGGGAAGAGACAUGGAACAUUGUCGCAUGUUGCUUGAACGUUUGGAUGGAACUCGCUCUGAUUCGACUGUUGAUGAGCAGACUCUUGAUGAAAUUAACCGUCUCGGUGAGAAACUUGUGAAGCAAGGUAGAACCAGUCGGGAUCAAGUGCAGAAGGAACAACAACGUCUGAACGAGAAAUGGCGUCUCCUGUUAGGACAAUUGUCUCACUAUCGUACUGAACUUGUGGCUGCCAUGGAAGUGCACACUUUCAAUCGUGACGUGGAAGAUACCGAUGAACGCAUUCACGAAAAGAUCGCUGCGAUGAAGAGUGAUGAUUUUGGAAAAGAUUUUGCCAGCGUUGAACUUCUAGUUCGUAAGCAGUCCGCUUUGGAAAGAGACAUGAGUGCUAUUCAUCAAAAACUGAUUUCUCAUGAUAAGGAUGCACAAAAAAUUCUUGAAAAGAGACCACCACUGAAAGAGUCGAUUCUGGAUUCGUUGAAGAAGUUAGAGGAGAGUUGGAAAAAACUAUCUGAAGCUGCUGAAUUGAGAAACGAUAAGUUGAAUCGUUCUUUCAAGCUUUACAAAUACCUGGAUGAUGUGAAGAAAACGGAACAGUGGGCCAAUCAGGUCAGAAAUAAGAUGACAUCACACCAGACUCCAAAGGACAGCAGCGGUGCUCGCAAACUUCUGGAACAACAUCACGAACGAAAGGCCGAGAUUGAUGGAAGAGCUGAUGAACUUCGCCAAUUGCAUGAAGAAGGACAGGCUCUCAAUCAAGAACAGCCUGAACACAAGGCUGAAGUUCAAAGAGCUCACAAACGCGUACAAAACUCUGAGCAUCAACUGCGCCAGACCUGGGAAAGUGAGAAAGGAACACUUCAAAAACUUCUGGAAUGGAUGUUGUGGUGCGAUGAAGCCGUUCAAUGCGAACAGUGGCUUGCUGAUAAGGAAAAUCAAGUCUCUCGCGGAGAGCUCGGUGAUACUUCUGAUGCUGUUGAGAUGCUCAUCAAGGGACAUUCGGCUUUUGAAGAAACUGUUCGUAAACAGAGUGAAAAGAUCGACGUGCUUGUUAAGAAUGCUGAUGCACUCGUCUCUGGAGGUAACAACUACCGUGCUGAUAUUAUAACUCGCAAGGAUGAGGUUACUGCUAGACAUGAUCUUCUUCUGAAGAGCAUGAGUAAACGAAAGGAUAUGCUGGAGGAUUCGAAGAGAUAUCACGAAUUCAUUCGACAUUGUGGAGAGCUUAUAAUCUGGAUCACAGCCAAGCUUCAACUUGCCUACGAUGAGAGUUUCUUGGAUCAUACUAACCUGCGAUCGAAGCUUCAGAAGCAUAUGGCUUUUGAUUCCGAGCUUGUUGAGAACGAGAAGCGUUUGUCGAAUGUUGAGAGACAAGGAGAAGAACUGGUUGCUGACAAUCACUUCAUGAGCGAACAAGUAAAAGCUCAACUCGUCGAAUUGCGUUCUGGAUGGGAUGAGCUCAGAACCAAAUCAGCGCUCAAAACUCAACGUCUUCGUGAAGCAUUUGAACUUCACUCUCUUCAACGGAAGGUAGAGGAUCUUGAAAAAUGGCUUGACAAGGUGGAGGGAGAGCUCGCUUCCGAAGAUCAUGGUCGUGAUAUGCUUUCUACCGAACUCCUCAUCAAAAAACUUGACACUCUACAAACUGAAAUCGCUGGACGUUCUGAUGCUGUUGUCGAGAUGAUGAAGAAAGCUCGCGAAUUGCGAGUUCAAGGAUCAGCCGCUGCGGAUGACUGCCUCAAACAAGCAGAACAAGUAGAGGCACGUUACUCUGGACUCGAUGAACCAGUGCAGAUUCGUAGAGAGAAUCUUGUUGAUGCUCAAGCCUUCUUCGAAUGGGUGAAAGCAGCGGAAGAGGAUCUCGAAUGGCUUUCGGAUAAGAUGCCGUUGGCUAGCAGUGGAGAAUCUGGAGACUCGUUGCAAAGCGCUCUUUCACUACAGAAAAAGCAUGCUGCAUUGGAGAAGGAACUAGAAACUCGUCAAUCUGCUAUGGACGAUACUGAGAAACGCGGAAAGGACAUGAUUCGUCAACGUCAUUUCGCUUCUGGACACAUCCAAAAGAUUCUUGACAGACUUUCAACUGCCAUGCUCACACUGAAGGAAAGCUGUGGAUUGAGACGUGAUCUUCUUCAAGAAGCUAUUGAUGCUCAUGAAUACUACACCGAAGAAACUGAAGCUGAACAAUGGCUCCGUGAACAGAUGCCACUUGCAAUGAGUCAGGAGAUGGGAAGAGACCAAGCUGGAGCAGAAAGCCAUUUGAGAAGAUUGACAGUACUGGAUAAGGAAGUCGAGCUCUUCAAAAACGAGAUCGAUCGUCUGAAGAAACGAGCUGACGGUCUACUUGCAAGAGAACAUCAUGACGCCAUGUCGAUUGCUGCUAAGCAACGCAAGUUGGAGGCCUUGUUUGGAGAUCUCUGCAGAGAAUGUGCUAGAAGAAGAACUCAAAUCGUGGAUGCUUCCAAGUAUCACAAAUUCGUCCGCCAAGCCGACGAUUUAUCAGACUGGCUUCGUGAAAAGGAAAGAACUGCUUCUGCUGAAGACUAUGGUCAAGAUCUUGAAGAUUGUCAACAAAUCAUCGAGCAAUUUGAAUCAACUGUUCGCGAAUUGGCUGCAGCCGGAGAACGUGUUGCUCUUGUCCAACGUUCCCAAGAAGAUCUUCUCCGUAGUGGACACCCAUAUGGUGCAUCUAUUACCGCCAAGGGAGCUGAUGUUCAGAGACUCUGGACACACGUGAAUGAAGUUGCCAACGAGAGAAAACAAGCGCUGAAUGGAGCUCGUCAAGUUCAUCGUUUUGAUCAGGAGGCUGACCAAACAUUGAAUUGGCUUCAAGACAAGGAAGCAACCGGAGUCGCAAUGGAACAAGAAGAUCUUUCUAGAGCAGAUCUUGCUUCUGUGAAGGCUCAAUUGCAAAGACACGAUGAGUUCAUGCACGGAAUGAAGGCUGUCGAGAAACAAGUUGCUGAAUUGUGCCAUGAAGCAGAAAGGUUGUGGAACUCAUUCCCAGACACUAGACAUCAUCUGGAAGUUCGAAGAUUGGAUAUGGAAGAACAGCUCAAAGAUAUUCUGGAGGCAGCAAAGAAACAUUUGGAGAGACUUCGCCAUAUGCAGAGCUUGCAAUCGUACUUCCAGGAAUACAGAGAGAUGAUGCAAUGGAUGAAGAAUAUGCAAACAACGAUGACGUCGGAGCAGUUGCCACGUGAUGUUGCUUCCUGUGAAUCACUGGUUCGCCGUCACGAUGAGUACAAUCUCGAAAUGCAAGGUCGAAAACCGUUUGUGGAUGACUUCGCCCGUCAAGGAAGACGAAUGAUCCAAUCCAGCCAUGUUUUGUCUCAAGAGAUUCAAGAGAAGGUCGAAGUUCUCGAAAAAUCGUGGGAGAUGCUUUGUGAGAUCUGGAAAGAUCGUGCGGAGUUGUAUGAAGAAAACAUGGAUGUGCAGAAAUGGAAGCAGAAUGCCGAGCAACUCGACUCCUGGCUUGAAGAACGUGCUGGACUUCUUGGAGAUGACUGGAGAAUGGUGGAUUCCGUUGAAAUGGCUGAAAGUCAUCUUCGUGAUUUCGACGAUUUCCUCGUGACUCUUGAAGCUCAAAACGAAAAAUGCGAAAUGGUGAAGCGUUUGACGCUCGUGGAGCAGAACUUCAGCCGUCUGAGAAGCAAGGAAAUCGAUCGUGCUAAAAUCGCUGAAGAAGAUCAAAAGAGAAGAGACACUAUCAAGAUUGUCGAAAAAGGAAACAUCUUGGCUAACCGCAGACAAGAAAGAGAAAGAAGAAAGACUCAAGAAAUUUCACUUCUCCGACCAUCUCCUUCUGGAGAAGAAUUCUCUACUCACACCAUGCCACGUAAGGAACGAAAGGACAGAGCGAAGACUACUGCUGAUUUAGCUCCUGGUUCCAUUCAAAUCGGUGAUAUCCUUGCUACUUCAUCCACUGUUGCUCCUCUCCAAUCUGGGGUAGAGAUGACAAAAACUCCAUCCUUUACCACUCGCCGCCCACAAUCCAUCCGCAAAGGAAGCCGUUGGGAAGACAUGGGAGCUAUUGACAUGAAAGGAUUCUUCGAUCGUAAGCAAUGUCAGCAAAGUGGCGGUAAACGUGCAACGAUCCGCUCCUGGAAGAACUACUAUGGAAUUCUCUGUGGACAGCUUUUGUGCUUCUUCAAGGACGAACAGCAGUUCAUAGAAAACGUGGCUGCUGCUCCGCCUGUCUACAUCUACGGAGCCCAAUGUGAACAGUAUCCAGAGUACGCAAAGCGUAAGAAUGCUUUCCGUCUUCUCAUUCAAGACGGAUCCGAAUUCAUGUUCUCGUGCCCAGACGAGCGUCAGAUGUUGGAAUGGGUUGCCAAGAUCAAAUUCCACGCUCACUUGACUCCAAGCAAUCAACUCAAGUCGUAUUCGUACAAUGAUGACCUACUCCAAACUACUGGCACUGAACAACUCCCAAUGGUUGCACCAAGAAGAAACGUCGGAGGACAUGACGUUGCGAAUCGUCUCUCCCAUGCCAGCUCAGCAUUCACAGGAGUUGACGAUAUCGAACAGCACGAACUUGACUACUCUAGGGGGUGUACUUCGUUACCACGCGGCAAGCACCAUGGGCAAAUCACAAUCCGUGAUUGUGCUACCUUGCCUCGCGGAUUUGGGUCAGAGGUAGUGGAACAGCAGCCAACUGCAUUUUUCCCUCCAUCUGGUCCUCUGCUUGCAACCCCGUCGGUACUGACUAUGUCAUCCUCGUCGAUGACAGCAACCGUGGUACCAACUGUAGUGGCUCGGAAGAUUGGAGUGGUUCGAAGAACUAGUCGACGACAAUCUGUCUACGCCGAAAGUAUUUAUGGAGAAGUAGAACAAGCCAUUGCAGAGGCCAACAGAGUUUCUAUUCAUGCCCCGAACGGAGAUCAUGCUGAACUCCGUCACACCAUUCAAGCCCACCCAGGAAGUUCUGGAUACACGGAAACCCUAAUGUACAAAGAGCACACCUCAUCCAGCUACCAACCAAUGGAAAGAUCAAUGUCCCCACGAAGCACACAAAACGGAGAGUUCAUCACUUGGGUUGAGAGCAAUCAACAUAACCAGUCAAUGAAUACUCCAGAUGGCCGAUCUACGUCAGCCAGUGUGGUCUCCACACCUUCCAAUUAUGAUGAUAAUGAUUCCAUCAAGUCGUCAUCAAAACGAAAAGGAUUCGGUUCGCUUUUCAAGCGUGGAUCCAAAGUUUCAAAAUAG